GUGCCGGGGGAAUGCCGUGUCGGGAGGGGCCGUGCCGGGGGAGCGGCUUCUGGCGGACGCUUCACCAGAACGAACACAAGUGCUGCAUAAACCGUGUUGCUCUGCAGCGUGGCCUUUGAGAAUAUGCUGAAAAGACUUAAUUAUACAUGAUUGGUGACAUCAGGGAAACUAAAGAAUGCCAACUAAGAGAUCCCAUGGAUUUGUUUAAUUCUGGGCAAGUUGUAAAAAUAUGUGCUCCUAUGGUUCGCUAUUCAAAGUUGGCUUUCAGAACUCUGGUUAGGAAGUACAGUUGCGAUUUAUGUUACACACCAAUGAUAGUGGCAGCUGAUUUUGUGAGAUCUGCAAAAGCCAGAGACAGCGAAUUCACAACAAAUAAAGGUGAUCACCCACUGAUCGUUCAGUUUGCUGCUAAAGAAGCACAGGUUUUGUGUGAUGCUGCCCGUAUCAUCUGUCCUUUUGCUGAUGGAAUAGACCUAAACUGUGGCUGUCCUCAGAGAUGGGCGAUUUCAGAAGGUUAUGGCGCUUGCUUAAUAAAUAAACCUGAGCUUGUUAAAGAUAUGGUGAGACAUGUACGGAGUCAGAUCGACAACCCUAAAUUUUCAGUAUCCAUUAAAAUAAGGAUCCAUGAGGACUUAAAAAGAACAGUUGACCUGUGUCAAAAAGCUGAAGCAGCUGGAGUUUCAUGGAUUACAGUACAUGGGAGAAGUAUAGAAGAAAGGCAUCAACCUGUACAUUAUGAUGCAAUUAAAAUAAUUAAACAAAGCAUGUCUAUACCUAUUGUGGCUAAUGGAGACAUUAAAACUUUAAAAGAUGCUGAAAAUGUUCAUCACUUAACAGAAGCAGAUGGUAUAAUGGUGGCUAGAGGACUCUUGGCAAAUCCAGCUAUGUUUGCAGGAUAUGAAGAGACACCUUUUCAGUGCAUCCAGGACUGGAUUGACAUUGCUCUUGAACAUGGAACUCCUUUUACAUGUUUUCACCACCACUUAAUGUACAUGAUGGAGCGCAUAACUUCAAAACAAGAAAAGAAAGUUUUUAAUGUUUUAUCAAGUACCUCAGCAGUACUAGAUUAUCUGAGUGACCAUUAUGGUUUGUGGUAAAUGAAAAUAUGCUAGUCCUAUGUAAACCUGUGUUUUGCAAUUGUCGAUAAACUGAAAAAGUUUUAAUUGGGUUUUUACUUUUCAGUCACAUUUGUACACUAUUUUCAAUUUGGAUGAUACUUUAUAUCAUCCAAAUACUUGAUACUAAUAUACUCUAGAGAAUAUUCAAGAUUCUACAAAUGUGGAAUUCUGUUUACAGUUCGCUACUACAGAGAGGACUGAUUAUUGUAAGGCCCUAAUAAUUUAAUUUUUCACCAGAUAAUUGCUUACAGCAAUAUGAUUGCAGAACUAGGGCCUUUCUUACAUUAAACCUCCUAAAAUCAGGACUACUUACAGAUAAUGCCAGUAAUUUCUGACUAAAAGAAUACCGAGGGAGCGACUAUAGAAGUUUUUGCUUUAGAUAACAUAAGCUUAAAUCCUAUCAUACUAUCCUUCUUUAAAUUUGAUGUUUCUUUCACAGCCUAAAACUUUGUAACUUACUUAUAAUUUAGAAAAAUUCCAUAUUUUUUAUAGCAAAAGAAUCCCAGAACAGAUAAACAACUAUGGAAAGAAGGAAGAAGGAAAAUGAAGAGGGAAAGAAGAAAAAAGGAAAAUUAAGAGAUAGUUUAAGUACAAACUUAACUGAAUUUAAAGAACAAGACUUCUAAGUUCAAUCAAACUAAAUUCAGGUUUGUUUAUCUACUGUAGAAUAAUUGUGUACAAGAUUAAAUCCCUAUCAUCUACCAAACCAGAACUUUUUAGGUCAAAGGAAAGCUGACAGAUUCUCUCAGUGGGGCUCUUGCAGGCCUUUCUGCCUGCUGGCAUGUUGCUUAUCAAAGCAUGACAGCCACUUGGCUUUGAAUCAUUAUAUAGGAGAGAAAUAGUGAAAAUUAGAACAAGAUAAUAUUGUUACACACCAGCUGCAUUUGUUCUGCAAGGGAAAUUUCACAAAACUGUACAGUACAAUUACUUGUAAUCAAAUAAAUCUUUUCUUUAUAUGUUUACACAGAAAUUCAUACCAAAAAUUGCCAGUUUUCUGACUGUGAUUAUUCUAUGAACAGACAUGUGAAUAGUUCCAAAUUUUCUAAAUAAAUUACUUGGUUUUGUAUGCAGUUGUAAUUUUUUUAUUAUACAGCAAUGUGGAGGAGGGAAGGUUGCUUUUGAUGCUACUCUCCAAACCUUUUCAUAGUUCAGGUAUCUUAAAUUGACACUUUUUUUAAAUGCAAUAGCAUAAAAUACCUGAUCAUUUUUCAUAAUGAAAAUGUCUGAUUUAGGCAUAUUAACAUAAGUUUGAAAGGCAUGACCCAAGUCAUCAAGUCCAGUUCACUAUUCAAGGCAGCAAAGUUCCAUAACUCUUGUGAUAUGCUUACCUUCCCAAUGUGCUAACAAAUGGAAAACUACAGACGUGCUUUGGUCUCCUAGGCCAAUUGAGACAACCUCUGCAACCAUGUUUGGUGUGUCUCCAUUACUUCAGACAACUAUUUUUUCACACUUCUGGAUUGUAAUAUUUUCCUGACAUUAGUUGGGCACAAUUCUAUAUAGCAUUCCAGGUAAAAUCCCAGCAGUGUCUUCUGCAGUUAAUAUUACUUCUAAUACUUCACUUUUCCUCAACUAAUAUUCAUCAUGUAAAUUAUGAGCUCCCAAUUUUAGAGCAAAAGUGCUUCCAGCUGUAUGACUAUGUAUUUUGUACUGCCAAAUUUCCAGUAUCAAGUUCAUCCAAUUAUGUUGCAACACAGUUCUCCUCAGUUCUGAAAUGCCUCUGGCCUCCUCUGAAGUAAAACUGUGCAACUGAAUUGUAGAAGACAAGGACUUGUAAAAGAACUAACUAAGCCCUUUGUUGCCAUUUUUUAAGAGUUUUAUGAUUUGGCCAGUGACUAUUAUAUUUAGCAAACUGUUCCAUUAGCCUCAAGGAGCAGAGAACAAAAAAUUAUUAUUAUAUACAAUCAACACAAAUUAAAGGCUUUCUUUAUUUUCUUUAGUGGUGGGAAAAUUGAAUUUUAGAGGCCUGGAAAUACCUUGACCUAUUUAGGAACUAAGUACUUCAUGAUUUUUAAAGGCAGCAGUUGUUGUGCCUGUGUGAGAUUAAUCACAGAUUUCUGCCUGAAGUACAAAACCUAGGUUGCUGUAAUAUUGGUAGUAAUUAUGGAGUGUUUGAUCUGGCCUUUUAUGUAUCAUGAAAGUCAAUGGAAGCUCAUCAUUAAUUUUCAGGGGUGAAAUGAAUUGUACACAUUCAUUCUGAAUUUUGUAUGCAUCUGAACAUACUUCACUGUGUUUCCAUAGAAUAAACUGUAAAGUUGUGAGCCUUUAAGCUAUACUUAACUAACUAGUUAACUAACUAAUAAAUACAUAAUAAAUAAAUAAUAAUUAGUUCUACUUAACUAACUAGUAUACUAACUGUAUACUGUUCCAAUAUACAUAAAUUGCUAAGGACGAGAGUUAUUUAGCUACCAGUGUUGUUCUUAGAAUAUGGUCAUAUUUCUCAUUAUAAGACAUUUGGAUAUGGAAAAAUACUAAUUUCCAGUUUAAAACCACUGGAUCCUUCUCCUGUAUCUGUUACUUUUAACAUCACCCAGUGGUCAGUCUUUCUAUUUUCUAGUUUUUAAAUGUAACAUAAGUACAAAGCAAGUAACAUAAGAUACAAAGCAUUGUUUCCUAUUUUAUGUUCUUUGCCUCCUGUAACUGAUCCUGUUCUUUAUGUUAAACCCCCUGCACAACAAUACUAUAAUCUUAUUAUAUCUCUAUGUUUUUGCAACAUUUAUCCUGCUGCAACAACCCCAGCACAAACUAUACAAUCCUAUUUACUGCUUAUUGUUAAAUUUCUUUGGUCUCUUGGGUUGACGGUUGGGCAAUGAAUGAUAAGGCUGUCACAGAAACCAAAAUAGAACAAGUUUAAACUUCCCUUUUGUUUCAGAAGAGUUAUUAGUUGAUUUCACACCUCAUCAUCAAAUAUAGGCAUUUCCUAUUUCUG